GUUGCGGAGGGGGACAGAGUGGUGGCUGGAUAGCACCCCCCUGGUUGGUCCUGCAGUGGAUUGGAAGCACAGAGAUGGAUGGGUAUGUAUAGUUGGUGCCGCCGCCAUUGGCUUUUCUUGCGAAAGGAUGGUACGAACUGUUCACGCGUCGCUGUGUUUGGCUUUCGCGGCACUUACGGCGGCUCGAGAUGGCCACGGGAACAACAUGAUCGGGGUAUCUCGACCUGGCGACAGAGCAGGCAAUGCCUUCAACCUCGUUGGCAUUCCCCAAGCAGGCGCCGAGCCGUCAGAGUUUGCCGAAGCAGAAUUUGACCAUGCAUUCUCCGCCAUGGACGAGACCGCGAUCGCACUUCCCAACACUCCGUCCCCAGAAGAGGCAGCUGUCGUAGGAGUCCAAUAUCGUAGGCCACUCAACGACGACGAGAAUGCUCGAGCACAAGAAACGAUUCCCUUGCCAUCGUCGAAUGAUGAGCCAACGAUCACCGACAACGUAGAGGACGAUGUCGAUUAUGCCGGUGAUGCCUACGACGGCUCUGGCGACGCCGAACCACCUGCAGGCAAUGCCACCGAUACAACGGAAGCACCUGUCCAAGUCGCAUCGGUGGCAUUGUUCUCCGAAAGCGACUCCUCCUCCACAUCAUCGUCGCCAACUCCGGUUGGCAUCGUCGGGAUUGCGCUUGGGUGUGUCGCGACAGUGUGUGCCACCGUUGUACUCGUGCGGAGUCGGCGACAAGUCGCGCUGCCCUCGUCCGAGUCGACCCUUGUCAUGGACGACAUUCGCCAGCGUGAAAGUGACUGUGGAAUUCAUUAGACCUCAAGUUGUGUUUCGUGGUAUACAGUACAGCGUACAUUCUAGGGAUAAACGAG